GACGCAAAAAUAAUAACUUUAUGGGAUGCAGAUUAUCCGCAUUCUGCCGUUGUUAGUUCCCUUUUCUCCAUCACCGCCGAUCAUACAACACCGUUUCCACUCCCGUCGCCACCGUACCGGAACAUUAACGGUCCCCUAGCGGCAUUCUCCAUUGCGGUUUUCUUCACAGCACCGUCGCUACGAGAAUGACAAACAGCCAGUUGAUAGUGCACAUCCCCGACGAACCACCGCACGACCUUCACCAUCAACCUACUGUUACCGUUUUUGCUUCAUUCAUCAACCCAAAGCAUGCCAACCAAAUUGUUAGGCGUUUGAAUCAAAUAGCACCACUUGAAGGUCUCCGUCAUGUGAAACGAAUUAGGAAGAAAGUUCUAGAAGAAGGAGGACAAAUAGAGCUAUCAGUGGUUUUGUGCUUGGCCUAUGAAGGUGACAAUCAAUUGGAUGCUGUGCCACCUCAUCUCCAGGAGUUCAUAAGUUCCUAUCAGUUGAGUCCUUUUAUUACAAAAGUCUGCAAAUAUGAAGCAAUAUCAAAAGAGGAGUGGCAAGAGCAAUGCAAGUUUUGGCCAACAUCAUAUCACCCAAGAACUUACAGCAUCGAUGGCAUUACUGGAUUUAGCGAGGAGGACUCACAAUCAGUAUUGAAGUUUAUGCAGUCUGCAGUAGAGUUGGCAACUUCUGGUGGCUCGGUAGUCAAUGCUGCGGUGAUAGUGGAUCCUUCAGCCAAGCAAAUAAUUUCAACUGCACGUGAUCAGGUUUUUGCUUGGAAUACUUGCAAAGAUGACAGCUGCUGUAAUAAACCAGAUUUACUUAGUUCCCAUCCUAUUGCCAAUAGCUUGGAUCCCCAGAAACCGUUGCAUUUAAGAAGUUCCUGCAAUCAUCUCAAACAAUCAUAUACAGGUGUUGCUUGUCUCUGUCCUUGGCAGUGGGCUGAGCAGCAAUCAAAUUCACAGAGUUCAUACUAUUGCCAUCCUUUGCGACAUGCUGCCAUUGUAGCUAUAGAAUCAUCUGCUGCCAGGGAUAGACGUCUUUUUCCCAACGACGAGGGCAGUAAAGAAAAAUAUUUGGAAUUGGAUCAUGAAAGUCCUUGUUCAAGCUCUCCUUCAAAGAGACAGAAAACUGUCGGGGCAACUGUUGAGGAUGAUGGCAAAUUGAAUGCUCAGAGUCAAACAUCCAAUCAGGUUGAGGACAAUGAUAAAUUGAACCCUCAUAGUCAAACAGAAUCUAAUCUGCUAUCAGCACGACCUUACUUAUGUACUGGUUACGACAUAUAUCUUGUUUGGGAACCUUGCACAAUGUGUGCCAUGGCCCUUGUCCAUCAGAGAAUUAGGCGGAUAUUUUAUGCUUUUCCAAACCCUAAAACAGGUGCCUUGGGCAGCGUUUACAGAUUACAGGGAGAAAAAAGCUUAAAUCAUCAUUAUGCUGUUUUCAGAGUUUUGUUACCUGAAGAAGCCCUCCAUAAUCGGUCAGCUGCAGAAACUGAAGAAACUGGCAUAUGACUAUGUUAAGUAGCAGAUGUAGCUUCUUAAAAUUCAAGUGUGGAUGAAGAAGUAUUUUAGCUGUGGAGACUGUUUAUUUAUUAGUGAAUAUUGAAUGUUUAGUGAUUAAGUAGCAGAUGUACCUUAGGAUUGACAUUUUUAUGCCUGGUUCCAAAGCAUUUUUUGUCGUUGUCAAAGAAAACAGGGUCAAAUUGACACUUGUUUUGUUGUACACGAAUAUGUAUUCAAAUUUUGCAUGUCGAAGUUAGCUAAUGUAAUGCAUUUUUCUGAAAA